GGGAGGGAGGGAGGCCAGGCGAGUGUGUCUAAGGAUGAGCAAACAGAAAUAGCAGCACCACUCCUGAACUGACCAAUCACAUGGCUUUGUGAGAGAAUGACUUGUCCAGGUAAGCCCAGGACACCCAGACAUAGGACAAGCAGUCAGCCAGCCAGCCAGCACAAACAGCCAACAGUGUCUGAGCCGGUCUGCUACCACAGAGGGAUGACCGCUCCGAGAACCACACAACACUAACACCGAGGGAAAGGAAACUUUGCAACAGGACAAUGGAGAUGAACAAACUCAGAGUUUCUCCGCAGCAUCAAAUGAACUGUGCGUGAGGCGGACAGCACCUACAGCCACUGGCGAGCGGCGAGCCUGUCUCUCUCUCUCUCUGCGUCCCUCUCUGUGUUUCUCUGCGUGCUCUGUGCCGGGUGAGUUUUUCCCCGAGCCACAACUGAGGCACUGGACCUGCUGAGGAGUGACCGGCGCGGGCGCAGGAGGCAGAGGAGGACCGGCCCCCUAGGCGAGCGGUUCGACCCCAGCGGGGGCAGGAGAAGCCGCAGUCGGGGCAGGAGAAGCCGGAGCCGGAGAGUCACCCGGAAGUUUGGGGAGCGUCUCCGCGGCGUCAUGCGUACGGCACGGCGGGCGAGCGCCGUCGAGGUGCCGUCUUUCUUGCGCCAGCUGGCGCGCGAGACCGAGCGCAUGGUCACCUUCUUCUUCCGCAGCGGCAUCGGGUCGCCGCGCGACAGCAGCGGAGAGGACGAGGAGGACGACGACGGCGGCAUGCCCAGCCCUUACCUGGACCGGCCCGUGCUGACCAAGCACACGGCCGAGGGCGGCAACAGGUGGGGUACGAAUUACGCCAUGGCGGGCAUGCAGGGCUGGAGGGCGCAGAUGGAGGAUGCCCACGCCUGUGAGCCCGAGCUGGACGGAGAGCUGGAGGAGUGGGGCUACUACGGCGUGUUCGACGGGCACGCGGGGACCACGGUGGCGCAGUUCUGUGCCCGCAACCUGCUGCAGCACAUCAUGGCCACGGAUGGCAUUAAGGCGGAGGAGGACCCCGUGCAGGUGAAGGAGGGGAUCCGCGAGGGUUUCCUGGCCAUCGACCGGAGCAUGCACGAGAUGGCGCGGCGCGAGACCUGGGACCGCAGCGGCUCCACGGCGACUGCGGUCAUGGUCUCGCCGCGGCACAUCUACUUCAUCAACUGCGGCGACUCGCGCGCCCUGCUGUGCCGCUCCGGCCGCGUCCACUUCUACACGGAGGACCACAAGCCGUGCAACCCACGCGAGCGCGAGCGCAUCCAAAACGCUGGCGGCUCGGUGACGCUGCAGCGCGUCAACGGCUCGCUGGCCGUCUCGCGUGCCCUCGGCGACUUUGACUUCAAGGAGGUGGGAUGGCGUGCACAGACCGAGCAACUGGUGUCGCCCGAGCCCGAGGUCUAUGAGCUGGAGCGCUCCGACGAUGAUGAGUUCCUCGUGGUGGCCUGUGAUGGCGUCUGGGACGCCCUGAGCAACGAGGACCUGUGUGCCUUCGUCCACUCCCGUCUGGAGGUCUGCGAUGACCUGCGAGAGGUCUGCACGCAGGUCCUAGACCUCUGCCUCUACAAGGGCAGUCUGGAUAACAUGAGCAUCAUUAUCAUCAGCCUCCCUGGCGCCCCCCAUGUUUCACAAGAUGCACUGCAGCGUGAGGCCGAGAUGGAACAAAUCAUUGAUGUGAAAGUGGGAGAGGCUAUCCAGCUCCUUCAGUCCAGAGAUGAGGAACCUGAUCUGCUCUUUGUCAUGAAGUUCCUGAUGGCCGAAUACAUCCAAGGGCUGCCACCAGGGGGAGGCAUCACAUGCAAGAGAGACUGCAUAAUAGCUUCGUAUCAGAAACACGCGGCAUGCAAGGCUCAAGAGCCCAUGGACACUGGAGGCUCCGAUGAUUCCAACCAGAGCAACUAGAGGCAGUUCCCCUGGAAACAGGAUCAGAGGCAUCAUGUUUCCAUGGAAACAUUUUCUAUGCUGUUAAUCCACAGAUAUUCAGCUGACACCAGAAACAAAUUCUCCACAACAAAAAAAAAAAA